CCUGACCACGGGGCUGCGACCGUGCGACGCUCGAGAGGGAAUCCGUUCCGACUACUUUGGAGACGUGUAGCUCCGGUUUGGAUUUAUUUGGUUUCUGUUCGAAAGUUCUAUCAAUAAGUACAAACUACUCUUUUAGAGGUAACUAUUAGGAGGUUCGAAUUUGUAUGCGCAUAUAAAACACAAUGAGUGGAAGAGCCCGUUCGCGAGCCCGUGGCAGGGAUCGCUUCCCUGAAUUAAGUUCACACCCUCUUGCCCCAAUGCCGGCAUCUUCUGCACUACUUCCCUCAAUUCCACUCAGCGAAGCGAAGCCUGAACUCCUUGGUCGUGGUCGACAGCGAGGGCAGCCUGGAGGAGCCGGGUCCAAAGAUGUUGAGGGGAUAUCUGCUGGAUUUAAAGAAAUGUCCUUAAUGGAAAGAGGUGGUCGGCGGCGAGAUUUUCAUGACCUUGGAAUUAACACUAGAAUGGCUAUGGAGCAUGUCAAGGAUUCCAAAGCAGGUGUUACUGGGAGCGUGAUACGUCUGAUAACAAACUACAUUCGUCUAAAUUCUCGCCCCCAGUGGGUUCUGUAUCAAUACCAUGUGGAUUAUAACCCUGAGAUGGAGUCACGGCGUCUGCGAACUGUACUGUUGUUUAUGCAUGACAAAGUUCUUGGCAGAACCCGUGUUUUUGAUGGUACUCUAUUAUUCCUUCCUAAAAGACUGGAAUCAAAAGUCACUGAACUAUUCAGCCAAACGCGUGAUGGUAAAAAUGUCAAGGUAACGAUUACCUUGACCAGUGAAUUACCCCCAACCUCUCCAACAUGCCUUCAGUUUUACAACAUUGUGUUCAGGAGACUUUUAAAGAUAAUGUCCUUACAGCAAAUUGGUCGAAAUUACUACAAUCCUAAGACUCCGAUCAUGAUUCCACAGCACAGAAUCAUGGUUUGGCCAGGAUACACCACUUCGAUUCUGCAGUACGAGAACAAUGUUAUGCUCUGUGUAGAUAUUAGUCACAAGGUUCUACGCAGUGAAACUGUACAUGAUGUCAUGCAUCAGUUAUAUUCACAGUUUGGUGAGCAUCACUUUCAGGAGGCAUGCGCCAAAGAACUGGUUGGAGUCAUAGUUCUAACCAGGUACAAUAACAAGACUUACCGAAUUGAUGACAUUGAUUGGGUUCAGAGUCCUCGGAGCACAUUUAAAAAAGCAGAUGGAACUCAAAUCAGCUACAUUGAUUACUACAAAGAGCAAUACAGCCUGGAGAUCGUUGAUGUGGAUCAGCCAGUGCUUGUUAGUCAGCCCAGGAGACAGGGACCUCAGGGUGCCAGUGUGGGACUCAUCUGCCUCAUUCCAGAGUUAUGCUAUCUUACAGGUUUGACAGAUAAAAUGCGUUCGGAUUUCAACAUUAUGAGAGACCUGUCAGCACAUACAAGAUUAACACCAGAACUGAGAGAGCAGGAAUUGUGGCGUUUCCUGGAUCAAAUCCAAAAGGAUGAUAAUGUACAGAAAGAGCUAGCAGUUUGGGGUUUCCAGUUCGAUUUGAAACUGCAUUCCCUGUCUGGCCGAGUUUUGCCUUCAGAGAAGAUUCAGCAAGGUGGAAAAAUGUUUGACUAUGUUCCCCAAGUUGCAGAGUGGUCCAGAGAAACCAGAGGCUGUCACCUGAUCAACCCAAUUCCUCUAGAAAAUUGGAUUUUGGUUUUUACCCGAAAAAAUUGUGAUGUGGCUAAGAGUCUUCUCCAGACUUUGGGGAAAGUAGUGAAGGCAAUGGGCAUUAGCAUGGACAAGCCAUUAAUGAUUGAAGUGGAUGAUCGCAGUGAGGCAUUUUUGAAGGCAUUGCAGUCUAAUGUUACUCAGUCUACAAAAAUGGUGGUCUGUGUCCUUCCGUCUAACCGCAAAGACAAGUACGACACUAUCAAGAAAUACUUGUGUGUUGAAUGCCCCACUCCGAGUCAGUGUGUCGUCGCUCGCACUCUAAGCAAGCCUCAGGCCUUGAUGGCCAUUACCACAAAAAUAGCUCUACAGAUAAAUUGUAAAAUGGGUGGUGAACUGUGGAGUGUUGAGAUACCUCUCAAACAGCUGAUGGUGAUCGGUAUUGACUGUUACCAUGAUAAUGCUGCUGGAAAAAGGUCAAUUGCAGGAUUUGUUGCCAGUCUUAAUCAAUCAAUAACCAGAUGGUUUUCUCGCUGUAUCGUACAAGACCGAGGACAAGAACUUGUGGACGGAUUGAAAACUUGCUUCCAAGCUGCUUUAAAGGCAUGGCAUGCGUACAAUAAGUGCCUGCCCAGUCGAAUCAUCGUGUACCGUGAUGGGGUUGGUGACGGGCAGCUCAAUGUGGUGGUAAAUUAUGAGGUUCCACAAUUUCUGGACUAUUUGAAAUGCUUGACUGACUACAAACCCAAAUUAUCAGUGAUUGUUGUGAAGAAGCGUGUCAGUGCCAGAUUUUUUUCACAGUCUGGUGGCAGAUUACAGAACCCACCGCCUGGUACUGUCAUUGAUACAGAGGUCACAAGACCAGAAUGGUAUGACUUCUAUAUAGUUAGCCAGUCGGUGAAGGUUGGUACUGUCACACCGACACACUAUAAUGUGGUGCUUGACAACAGUAACUUGAAACCAGAUUACAUGCAGCGGCUAACUUACAAGUUGUGCCACAUGUAUUACAAUUGGCCGGGUGUGAUCCGUGUGCCUGCCCCUUGCCAAUACGCCCACAAACUGGCAUUCUUAGUGGGACAGAGUAUUCAUCGAGAACCCAAUCUGGCAUUAGCUGACCGUCUUUAUUACCUAUGAUUAGAACAACUGAUCAAGUUUCUAGUCAUGAACUCCAUUAAGAAAAAGUAGCUCUCAUCAGGAACACACUUCUGAGACCAGGAUAAUAUCGAAAUACUUAAAGCUGUCUAAGUUUGUAUUCCAUCCGUCUUUAUAUUAAUUUAUUUACACCCUUCUGCCGACACAAGUUCAAUAUUUGUGGCAGCGUUUCUCAAAUCAGCAGGUUGGUACUUGACUGAGUGGUUUUGUAUGGCAGCAGAAUGGCCCAGCCAGGGUGUUCUUCACAUCACUGAGCCAGCAUCCACCACACUGCUUCAUAAAUGCUGGAAAUCCAAAACAACACACACAAUGCUGGAGAAACUCAGCAGGGCAGGCAAAAGAGUAAACAGUUGACUUUUUGGCCAAGAUGUUUCAUCAGGAUUGUUCAGUCCUGAAGAAGGGUAUUAGCCCGAAACAUCACCCGUUUACUCUUUUAGAUAGAUGCUGCCUGGCCUGCUGAGUUCUUCCAGCAUUUUGUAUGUGGUGCUGUUUCAGCAGCAUGGUAGUGUAGUGGUCAUCACAGUGCUUUACAGUACAGGCGACCCGGGUUCAUUUUCCGCCGCUGUCUGUAAGGAGUCUGUACAUUUUCUUUGUGGCCACUCGGGAUUCCUCCGGGUGCUCUUGUUUCUUCCCACAGUCCAAAGACAUACUGGUUGGUAGGUUAAUUGGUCAUUGUGAAUUGUCCUGUGAUUAGGCUGGGGUUAAGUCGGGGGAUUGCUGGGCAGUGUGGCUCAAAGGGCUGGAAGGGCCUAUCUUGUGCUGUAUCUCAAUAAAUAAAUGGGCGCUCUGAACGAUUUUCCCUUUAUAGGCAAUGAUGUGCUACCCUACUAUUCCCUCUCUCAAUCUUGAAUUGUUUAGUGAGCUAGCCUCUCAUUCUUCCACAAACUCCAAUGCACAUGUUCAAUUCUACUUCAUAGUCCUGGGGCAUGCCCCCCCCCGCCCCAUUCUAUAUAUAACAAUUUAGUGAUCAAUACUCUAAUUCCCCUUAUUCCAGACAACAGUUUAGUGAUCAAUUCUCUAAUCCCUGUCAUUCCACAUAUCGAUCUAGUGAUCAGUAACUCUACACUUUGUAAGCCAAGUAUGUUUUUGGUUUGAAGGUAAACUGUGCACACUGCUAUAAGUGUGGACUGCAUAACUGUAGCAAAAUUUUGUUGUGUGUGAUCCUCUGGAUUUCCAGCAUUUGCAGAAUCUUUCUGUGUUUUAGUUUCUUAUACCAUUUCUUAUACACUUCUUGCAGUGUACAGAUUCAAAUAAAAACGUCUGAAAUGUAAAAAAAAUAUUGCUGAUAAACCUAACAAUGGUCGUGCCCUAUAAGCGACUUGGCUACCAGAAGCUAACUACCGAUUGUGUGGUUACAUUUGGGCACUUGCUGGUCUGUACAUUCCUUCUUUAGUAAUCUAGUGAAGGUUACAGACUGGUGCAAGAAUCUCGUCGUUCCACUCCAUAACGUGCUGCACCAAGUCCCAGCACAUCCCCUCAAUCAAAUUAUUCUCUUGUGUCGUUUUGAUAGUGGAGGUGGAUUGUCACUUCGUAUUAAUUACUGGAAUUAGUUUUUUUCCUUAAUAUUUUGUUCGAAGGUGGUGCUUUAGAAUUAUUUCAGCUUUUCAGUUAAUUUAUGGUUUCUCAACCAUUGGAUAUUACUAUGUUUUGGUUUAAUUUAGAUUGUAUUUGGUUAUUAAAGUAUGAUUUCUGCAAAAUGUGCCUAUUUAAAUAAUUGUAAAUGUUGGGGAUACCAAGUGCAGCCACCAUUUCUGGCAAUUUUUGAUGGUUAAGGGGAAGGGCCAGUGCUGGGUGGCUGUCAGGGGUUCCCAACAUGGGGCCCAUAAACCUCUUGGUUAAUGGUAAGAGUUCAUGGGACCCCUGCAAGUAUUUGUUUUGGAUUAUCAUUUUGUUAAGGUUCAACAGGGGCACAAUUGUCAAAUGUGAAUUUAUGUCUGAACACCGUAGGAAAAUGAAGAACUUUACAUCUUCAACAGCGGUUAUCAAUGUAUUAAGGUUCCUUAGGGAAAUAGUUGUGUAUUGGCUGAAGUAAGCAGUUGGGAAAUGGCCACAUUCUGUAGAUAGAUCACAUCUGGGAAUUACAUUUCCAUAAACUAACUUAACCUUGAGGCACUUAAUGUACAAAUGGACCCAGUUUGCUGAUACCCAAAUCUCAAUCACCUAAUUAUAUGAAUGUAUCUGGUACUGUAGUUUAUUGGGGCUUUGCGCACUUCAGACUUGUAUCAUGAUGGAGGCACAAGAGAUUAUGCAGCAGUGGGCGAUCUCUGUCUGUCAGGAGUGGGCAGUUGACAUUUUGGGUCCAGAUCUUUCAUCUGGUUUCAUCAGUCCUGCCUAGCCUGCUGGGUUUAAAUCAUUUUGUAUAAAAUUAAAUUCUGUGCCGAAUGCAGAUCAAUUAGUUGUUUUUUUAAGGAGUGGAUUGAGAGAUAUCUUAAAGAAUUCACUACUUCCUUUGGUUAUGUAUGUUGAAGUGACACAGAGAGCCUCUUGGUGAAAUAAGCCAAAUGAUUUGAAGGUACCUACUGGCUGCUCUGCCUCUUCACUGGAUGGGUUUAGAUUGGCACUGAUGCCUUUUUUGUCCUUAUUGGGUCACACUUUCUACUGCAAUGAGUAAUGCAGAUGUCUAAUAAUGGUUGACUAAGAUAGACUUUAAAGUAAAGAAUGGUGUGUUAAACCUGUUUGUUGCCUUUAUACCUUUGCAUGUUCAUUGUAUCAGUUCAGAUGUUUAAAAUUAAA